AUGCCUUUCAAGAAUGUUUCCCGUCUUUCUAUGGUGUCUCUUGGGGAAGAUUAUUGUGGAUUAUUGCUUUUGGAAUUAUAUCGGCUUUCAUUGCAUCACUCUCAGCUAGAGACGAAUAUUAUGGACUUUGAAUUUUGCCAGCUUUUGCUAGUUCUUUCUCGGCUAGAGACUCUUAGACUGUACCUUGAAUAUAUUUUUUUUAUACGCAAAGAGCUUCCAGGUUUGUUUCCUUUGUUCCUUCCUUUAUGGUUAGUAUUACGUUUAUUUAUUUACAAGGCUAACAGGGAGGUGCUAUUGUGA